GUAUUUUUAUGUAACACCGGCGAGCGCCGUGAUUCCGUCCGGAUUGUAAAUUGCAGAGAGCAUGUAAGAGAGCACGAAGAGGCGGAAGAGCACAAACACAACAUGACGAGUUUUGCCAGCAAAGCGUUCUGCAGGACGGAGAAGCUGUUCCACCAUCUCCCCGUGGUCCUCAACACAUUCCUGGUGUUCUCCAUCACCGCGGAGGUGAGCUACCUGGUGAUCGUCGAGGCUCCGCUGGAGGCAGACCAGAAGAAGACGGAGUGGUCUUCCUGGUGGAAGAUGAUCCACCUGCUGGCCCAGUACUUCAUGCUGCUCAACAUCUGCUGGAACGCCAUGCUCUUCGUCAGGACCAGCCCCAGCAUCAAGGGGGUGUUCCUGGGAGGAGAAGGCAUGGGCCAGGGGUGGAGGUACUGUUACACAUGUGAGACGCACACCCCUCCCCGCUGCUCCCACUGCUACGACUGCAAGGUGUGCAUCCUGCGGCGGGAUCACCACUGCGUCUUCUUUGGCCAGUGCGUGGGCUUCCGCAAUUACCGCUUCUUCCUGAGCUGCCUGUUGUUCAUGUGGUCGGGGCUCCUGUACGCCACGCUGAUGAAUGCAGAGGUCUUCAUCGUCAUACUGAAGGAGGGGGUGACGGUGCACAGCAUCCUGCUGCUGCUCAUACCCUGGAUCAUGCUUGUGUCAGGCCAGGUCUCAGCACGUGCCUUUGCCUUUGCCUUCAUCGCUGACACAUGUGUGGUGGGUUUCCUGCUGGUAUCCGGCUUCUUUUUCUUCCACCUUUUCUUGCUGUUUCGGGGUCAGACCACCAGGGAGUGGUACUCAUCUCGCCGACCCUACAACCUGGGACUCCUGGGUAACCUGCGUGACACGCUGGGCCUUCGCUGGUACCUCUGCUGGCUCUGCCCGCUGAUCCCGUCACAUCUGCCUGGAGAUGGGAUAAGCUUCCAGGUCACCGGUUCACUGGAACCCACCCGGUAACAGCUGGAAGCCUGAACAGGCCUCGUGUCUUUACUUUGGUGUCGAUGGUUAUUGUUAUCAGGAGCAGCAGCAGGGAUGAUCGCCUCAGUGCAAAAAGAGGUAGCCUGGGUUGGGAAGCAGCUAUGACAGUGUGUGGUUGUUUAAGAUGUUUUUGGUUAUAACUGUCUGCCAGUAUCUUCUCUGUAGCAUUUUGCUGUAUUCAGGAAAAGAAAUCAAAGGUAUUCUUUGGAAGGUAAUCUGUACACUUAUUGAGCCCAGCCUCAGAAUAUUAACACAGAAAUCAGUAGUGUUACUUUGGAAUACUGAGCACUGAAAAUAUAUGUUUAUAAAAACAACACUGAAAUAAGAAUGUAUUUUAUCGAUUGUGAAAAAUGUAGAAUUUUUAACCCUGACAAUGAGUCAGUGGACAGUGGAGCUCUUGGGAGUGUUGAUGAUGGCUAAUUAUUCUGGGUUUUCCCAUAAUGCUUAAGCUGCCUGGAUCUUAAGGUCAUACAAAUGUGACUUAUACUGUUCCUAAUUAAACCGCAGGAUUAUAAAAGACACAAUCAUUAGCUUCAUAUUUUUUUCCUGUGUUUUAGCCGCUGGGCUCACAAUGUGCUUUCCCACUUGUCUGCAUCCACUCCUGAGCUCCAGCUGAGUUUAUUACUCUGACCUUUUCACUGGGUAUUGUUGUGUCCUGCGGAAAUAGGAUCGCACUGACAUCAGGUUCACAAUGACAACAAUCAUGUAAGCUGCAAAGAAAAGAACCAGCAGAAUCAGUACAUGGAUACAGUAUUUUAACGUUCUGUAUGGAUGUUAUAUUCAAACAGUCUGUCUCCAUGUUACAUUGAUUUUUCAGUCAGUCAAGGAGUUGAGCAAUGACUGGGCCUUAGACACACCUACUGUACACAUUGCAUACUGUAUGCUAAUCUUUGUAGCAUCUUGAUUAUUGCCGUUUUGCUGACACUUAACCGUUCUAUAAAGCACUAACUCUGACUGCUUGUGACCAGAGAAUCUCACCGCCAGUUAAGUUUAUCGAUGAAAAAUUUAGAUUUAAUUUUACGGACUUUUACCUCAACGUUUUGAGUGUAUUUACUCCUGUCACCAGCUUUAAGUCAGCAUGUCAUAUGGAUUUGGGACACUGCCAACAAUCCUUCUUUUCCUCUCUUUUGCACCUUUUUGAUUUUAGUUCUUGCCUUAAUGUUUACAAAAUUACAAGCCUUUAUUUUGACAGGUGCUUUUACAUGCCACUAAAUUUACAUUAUAACCAAAAGUAUUUCUUGCUCUUGCUAAACAUAAAUGUCUGCCUUUUCUUUUUUUGCGGUUUCAUCUGGAUCGCACUAUGUUGUGUUUGCUUUUGCUAUUUAAAAGUGCUUGAAUAAAAUGUGUGAAGGGAAUAACUGACAUCUUAUUUGUAUUGUUGUAUAUUUUGUACUCUGAAAAUUACUGUGGUUUAAGAAGUGCUGUGAUAAUUAAACAUGGAGAAGUA